CCCUCUCCUCUCCACGCGUCCCCGGCGCGCUCCUCCCCUCCGCGCCGCCGCCUCCUCUGCUCCUGCCGGCGCCUCUCGUCCCUAUCUUUCGCGGAGGCUGCAACAACCGACCGACCGCCUGCCCAAGGAAGCCGCCGCCGCCUGAAAGCGGGCACCUGCACCACGUCGACCCGGGAGCUCCCUCUCCGCACCGUGCGCCCUAGCCGCGCGCUCCUGCCUCCUAGCCGAAAUGACCGCGAAGCUUGGGCGCCCCCGCCUCCUCCUCCUCGCCGCUGUCGCCUUGGCUGCCCUGAGCGGGAGAGGAUAUGCCGAUGAUUUGGACUUCAGUUUAGCGGAUGCACUGGAUGAUGGUACUCCAACAAAACGGCCUACUCCCAAGCCACCCAAAAAGCCUUCCAGCGGAACAGGUGACUUGGAUUUGGCUGACUACUUUGACACCCCACCAGAGACGACAACUAAAUCAACCAAGGUUACCACUGGUCCUUAUCCAAGGAAACCAGAUGAGAUCCACUGGAACGUGAUGCAUACCACCACCAAGCAGCCCAAAACUACCAAGGCUCCGCCCAAGAAGGUCCCAGCCAAAGAUCCAAUGGAUUUCGACUUAUCUGAUGCUUUGGAUGACCACAACCCUGGACAAGGUGGAGGAACACCUAAUGUAAAUCCUGGUGGAGGCUCGAAAGGUACAGGUGGAAGAGGUGGAAAACCUGGGUUUUCGGAUGAUGACUUGGCUGGAAUUGUGGACGAGGGCGGCUACCAGCCAGAUAAAAAGAAAGGUGGAAGUUCAGGAAGUGGCGGCAGUGACAAUGACGGUGCCUUAGUAGUAGAGACGGGAACGAUUGCUGGCAUUGUCAGUGGCCUUGCCAUGGCCCUGAUUGGUGCUGUGAGCAGCUACAUCUCCUACCAGCAAAAGAAGUUCUGCUUCAGCAUACAACAGGGUCUUAAUGCAGAGUAUGUGAAAGGAGAAAACAUGGAAGCGGUGGUGACUGAAGAACCACAAGUUAAAUAUUCUGUCCUUGAGCCACAGACUGCAGAGCCACCUCCGCCGCAAGAAAACGCAAAAGUCUGAAUCCCAGACCUGGUCUGAAGAAGAAUCAAUGGCAACACACACACAUGCUUCUCACAUGCUUGUAAUUU